CUCGCGAUGAUAAGCUUAGCAGCCAUCUCGAGCGAAGAGGUUUCAGUGGGCGCGCUGUUCGUCUGAGGAGAAGAGAAAGAAGGCGGGAGAAGAGGAGGAGCGGCAGCGGGUAGGCCGCUUUCCUGAUCAAAAUAAUGGCGGGCCCUUCUUCCCGCUCACCACAGACCGCGAAGUAGGCGUCUUCGGGUGGCCCUGAUACAGAGGCCGAAGCCCGGGCGCCCUUUCUCUCACAUAGAGGUCGAAACCUGUGGCGAUUUCAAGGCCAAGGCUGCGUUGACGUCUCUCUCCCUGUGUCUCCCUGCAGAAGAACCAGCCAUGACGUCUGUUUCCGAAAAAGACGGCUCCCAAGCCGCUGAAGAGGAGGAAGAAAAGAGCCCAGAAGCUGAAAACAAAGUGGAAGAGAGCGAAGAGGAGGAGGACGAAGAAGAGAAAGAAAAAAGUCUUAUUGUAGAAGGAAAAAGAGAAAAGAAAAAAGUGGACAGAUUGACCAUGCAAGUGUCCUCAUUGCAGAAGGAACCCUUUACAGUUACACCAGGAAAGGGACAAAAACUUUGUGAGAUUGAAAGGAUACACUACUUUUUAAGCAAGAAAAAAACAGAUGAACUUCGAAAUCUGCACAAGCUUCUUUACAACAGACCAGGAACAGUUGCCUCACUAAAGAAGAAUGUAGGCCAAUUCAGUGGGUUCCCAUUUGAAAAAGGAAGUGACCUAUACAAGAAAAAAGAAGAAAUGUUGAAAAAAUACAGAAAUGCAGUGCUAAAAAGUAUUUGUGAAGUUCUUGAUUUGGAAAGAUCAGGAGUUAACAGUGAAUUGGUGAAACGAAUCUUAAACUUCUUGAUGCAUCCAAAAUCUUCUGGCAAGCAAUUGCCAAAAUCCAAAAGAGCCCCUAGCAAAGGUGGCAAGAAAGAACGCAGUAGUUCUGGAACAGCGCGAAAAGCCAAAAAGACUAAAGAUCCAGAGAUCCUGUCAGAUGAAUCUAGCAGUGAAGAAGAUGAAAAGAAAGAGAAAGAUGAAUCAUCUGAAGAAGAUAAAGAAAGUGAAGAAGAGCAACCUAAAAAGUCAUCAAAAAAAGAAAAGCCCAAACAGAAGACAGCUUCAAAAAGCAAAAAGGGCACAAAAACUGCUUAUGUCAAGAAAGCAGAUAGCAGCACAACCAAGAAGAAUCAGAACAAUUCCAAAAAAGAAAGUGAAUCUGAGGAUAGUUCUGAUGAUGAGCCUUUAAUUAAAAAGGUGAAAAAACCACCUACAGAUGAAGAACUGAAAGAAACAGUGAAGAAGCUGUUAGCUAAUGCAAACCUAGAGGAAGUUACUAUGAAACAGAUUUGUAAAAAGGUAUAUGAAAACUAUCCCUGUUAUGAUUUGUCUGGCAGAAAAGAGUUCAUCAAAAAGACAGUGACAGAGUUAAUCAAGAUGCUGCCCAAAAAAGUUUGCGGAGGCCCAAAAGGAAAGUGGCCGGCUCCAAAGGCACCCAAGCGUCCUGCACCUAAGGAGACUGACCGGUACAGUUCCGACUCUGACACAGAGGAGAAGAUGGCUGAGCAGGACUUUAUCUUAGCCAAGAUUGAAGAAUUUGAGAAGAGACAUGUGUCUCCUCGGUUCACUGGUAACAAAACAAGGGUAGAGGGAAAAGAAAGUUUUAAUAAGUCCAUAUUGUCCCGUUUAGCUGCAGUGGAAGAGUGCAUGGAUGCGGAGGAUGUGGCCAGCCCUAACAUUACACAAGCUGAUGAUGUCCAUCCUGAAGCGGUGGUCGCUAGGGUGCCUGCUAGCGUAGAUGAGUCAGCAACUCUUGAUAUUUUUGGUAGUAGGUCAGCUUUGCCUUGGGUUUGGGCAUCCAUAGGGCAACAGGCCUCUCAUGCGAGCAGAGGGAGUGGUUCAGAUAACACAGUGCCUUUAGCUGGCCAUAUUCCCCAUACUAGCCACUCCAUUGCUCCUUACGGAGUUAACUUGUGGCAUCACUUGAAUGAAGCAGCCAACAGCGCAGGCCAGUUUACUUAUUCUCCCUUGGGACAGGUUGGGGAUGCCCUUGCGGGCAGUAAUGCGCUACAUUUGAACGUGGCAUCCGCCAAUGCAAACCAGUUUCUUUACCCUUCCUUACCAACUACGGGGGGUUGGAUGGAGCCAGACCCACAUACCUCUUGGCCCUUUACCACAGCUAUGCAGCCGGCAGAUAAUUUGGCUGGCCAAAUUCAUGCUCUGCCAUAUGCAUCAGGGGACCUUGAUUUGAUGCUAGGUGACCAUUUGACAGCAAGAACUAUUGAGAAAAUACUAAAAGGCGAAUACAUUGAUGUUUUUUCCCUCCUAUUCAGAGAGGUUGAGAAAAAGGAUUGGGAGGUUAUGGAUGACAAGGAAAGAGGCAAAGUCAAAAAGAGGAAGGUGGACCGUAACUGGCGAAACUGGCAUUCAGGUUUCCUCAUAGAAUCAUAGAAUAGAAUCAUAGAAUAGUAGAGUUGGAAGAGACCACAUGGGCCAUCUAGUCCAACCCCCUGCUAAGAAGCAGGAAAUCGCAUUCAAAGCACCCCCGACAGAUGGCCAUCCAGCCUCUGCUUAAAAGCCUCCAAGGAAGGAGCCUCCACCACGGCCCCGGGGAGAGAGUUCCACUGUCGAACAGCUCUCACAGUGAGGAAGUUCUUCCUGAUGUUCAAGUGGAAUCUCCUUUCCUGUAGUUUGAAGCCAUUGUUCCGUGUCCUAGUCUGCAGGGCAGCAGAAAACAAGCUUGCUCCCUCCUCCCUAUGACUUCCCCUCACGUAUUUGUACAUGGCUAUCAUGUCUCCUCUCAGCCUUCUCUUCUGCAGGCUAAACAUGCCCAGCUCUUUAAGCCGCUCCUCAUAGGGCUUGUUCUCCAGACCCUUAAUCAUUUUAGUCGCCCUCCUCUGGACGCUUUCCAGCUUGUCAACAUCUCCCUUCAACUGUGGUGCCCAAAAUUGGACACAGUAUUCCAGGUGUGGUCUGACCAAGGCAGAAUAGAGGGGGAGCAUAACUUCCCUGGAUCUAGACGCUAUUCCCCUAUUGAUGCAGGCCAGAAUCCCGUUGGCUUUUUUAGCAGCCGCAUCACAUUGUUGGCUCAUGUUUAACUUGUUGUCCACGAGGACUCCAAGGUCUUUUUCGCACACACUGCUGUCAAGCCAGGCGUCCCCCAUUCUGUAUCUUUGAUUUCCAUUUUUUCUGCCGAAGUGAAGUAUUUUGCAUUUGUCCCUGUUGAACUUCAUUUUGUUAGUUUUGGCCCAUCUCUCUAGUCUGUCAAGAUCGUUUUGAAUUCUGCUCCUGUCUUCUGGAGUGUUAGCUAUCCCUCCCAGUUUUGUGUCGUCUGCAAACUUGAUGAUCGUGCCUUCUAACCCUUCGUCUAAGUCGUUAAUAAAGAUGUUGAACAGAACUAGGCCCAGGACGGAGCCCUGCGGCACUCCACUUGUCACUUCUUUCCAUGAUGAAGACGACGCAUUGGUGAGCACCCUUUGGGUUCGUUCGCUUAGCCAUUUACGCUGGAGUCAUAGUUCUCAUUUACGCUGGAGUCAUAGUUCGAGUUCAGCCAUGGCGAGCAUACUCCUUGAUCAGAUAUAUGGACAUAAUACAUAGAGCGUAUGGGGAUUUUGAUGGUCUCGCAUGGCUAUCUUACGAUGAAGCUUUCCGUAUGAAAGCGGCUCUGUACCCUUCACUACAGUGGGACAUUUUCCAUGCUCAGUUGUGGAUGCAUUUGAUGACCCCCGCCAGACCCAUUCAGGGAGUGCGAACUCCUAGCGGUCACAUUAUGCAGACACACCCCACAGCUCCCACGGCAAAAAGCCAGUCAGGUCAGUCACACAUUAACCGGCUGUGUUGGGAAUUUGGCACACAAGGGGCUUGCAACAAGCGUAUAUGUUGGUAUCGCCAUGAAUGCUCUCUGUGUAAGGGACCCCAUUCCUUUCGUAAUUGUUCCAAAGCAAAGGGGAAUCGGCGGGGCCAGAGCUACAACAACCAAUGGUUGCUUCGGAGCUGCUGUCUUCCGUUUCCAAAUUGCUUGUAUUCAAAAAAGGGCUGAUUGUCCCCUGAAAUAAUUCAAGAGAUUGGAGAGGUUGCAUUGAACAUGUGCUUUUGAGGCAUUUCCCAUUUUUAUUGGUAUCUUUUAAUAACACUUACCUCUAGACAGAAAGGCUAGCCAUAUGACCAGAGCACUGGUCUCCUUGAGGGGACGGAUUCAAAGACUCCCCUCUGGUCAGGUGCUUUGCCCAAUGGUUGGCUUGUCAGGUAGUCAGAGAAUGAUACCUGGCCUCAUGCCAUUGCCCAUGUCGUAGUGCUCCCCCACAACUAGUUACUUAGUUCAAUUACCAGUUUUUAAUAGGUCAAUAAAUGGCCCAUUAUUUCUCCA